AUUUUUUUAGGUACCCUGUUUUAUGUAUAUUAUGAAAAUGAAUUCGAGAAACCACAUAAGAUAUAUGUUUUUUCGUCAUGAAGGAUAUUAUUACACUCCGAUGUUUUGUUGCAAUUCACACUCCUGUUGCAAUUCACCCCGUUUUACGCUUUUUUAAUGACUCUGCAUACAGGGAAGCCAUUGAAAACUCUGCCAACUACAACACAAGGUUGUGUAUUGAACGAAGACUUCGGAUGCCAUUUCUUGACUCUCAGACUGGCGUGGCGCAGAACCACUCGAACCUGUUCAUGAGCCCGCGGCAGAGGAUCCCCGGCGUGAGCGAGGGCCAGAUCUACACGUACCCGUCGAGGCAGUGGCGCAAGAGGCGGCGGCAGUACCUCACCAACUUCCUGCUGCCGCGCCGCAAGGAGGCGGAGCCUGAGGGGGAGCUGCACACCAUCAGCACCGUCGAGAACCCGGCGGCCACCAACGAGGACAGCAAGGACAGCAUGGGGCUCAAGGACGAGACUGCCAAGGAUGCCUGGUACUACGAUGAGCUGGACAUUCAAGAAAUGGAAGGAUUUGAUGAUCCGGAUCCAGAUUCUGACAUAGAUUACGAGGAAUCAUUUUCUAAACGCAAGGGCAAGAAGCGCACAACAAAAGUUGUACGAACAUCGGACUCACCAUCUAGCAAGAAACCAAAAGGCCCAGGUCGAGGACGUAAGAAGAAUUCUGAUGGCCUCUCUGAUGCAGAGAAGCCUUUUGUUUGCGAAUUGUGCGGGGCGAGGUACAAGACGCGGCCCGGCCUCACCUACCACUACCGACACUCGCACAAGGACCACGACGACGACGAGAGCCCGGGCUCGGAGGGGACGAGCGUGGCGACGGACGGGGGCUCCGUCUCGCCCAGCGCCAGGCAGCAGCCGGCGCCGCCCUCCGCCCAGCCGGCGACGACCGCGACGACUCUGGACGCAGCGGCAGCCGCGGCAGUUUUUACGAGGUGUUACGUUGCUGUUGAUCGGGUUGGUUGGCUGACGUGUGGUGUCGGCGCCACAGGUGGCUCGGGCGGCGGUACCCGCCGCGGCCGCCAGGGCUCGGUGUCGACCCCACACGCCCCCCCCUCCACCUCCAGCGCCUCCAGCUCGCCGGCCGUGAGCCUGCAGCCCGCGGAGGAGUCCUCCUCGGGCGAGGGCGCCUCCUCGUGCGACCGGAGGCCCCCCGAGCUGCUGCUGCCGAUCUCGGACGACAAGGAGCGAGCUGCCCCGUCUCCGUACUGCGACUUCUGCCUCGGGGACGCCAGCGAGAACAAGAAGACCGGCCAGCCCGAGGAACUGGUGUCUUGCUCGGACUGCGGCCGCUCAGGUCACCCAACUUGCCUGCAGUUCACGGCCAACAUGAUCGUCUCUGUGCGGAAGUACCGCUGGCAGUGCAUCGAGUGCAAGUGUUGUUCGAUCUGCGGCAUGUCCGAUAAUGACGACCAGCUGCUGUUCUGCGACGACUGCGACCGGGGCUACCACAUGUACUGCCUGGCGCCUCCGCUGGCCUCGCCCCCCGAGGGCUCCUGGAGCUGCCGUCUCUGCCUGGUGCAGUUCCACGGCCAGUGAGCCCUCCGUCGCCCUGCCUGCCUCGCCUCCUCUGGAGCUGCCGUCUCUGCCUGGUGCAGUUCCACGGCCAGUGAGCCCUCCGUCGCCCUGCCUGCCUCGCCUCCUCUGGAGCUGCCGUCUCUGCCUGGUGCAGUUCCACGGCCAGUGAGCCCUCCGUCGCCCUGCCUGCCUCGCCUCCUCUGGAGCUGCCGUCUCUGCCUGGUGCAGUUCCACGGCCAGUGAGCCCUCCGUCGCCCUGCCUGCCUCGCCUCCUCUGGAGCUGCCGUCUCUGCCUGGUGCAGUUCCACGGCCAGUGAGCCCUCCGUCGCCCUGCCUGCCUCGCCUCCUCUGGAGCUGCCGUCUCUGCCUGGUGCAGUUCCACGGCCAGUGAGCCCUCCGUCGCCCUGCCUGCCUCGCCUCCUCUGGAGCUGCCGUCUCUGCCUGGUGCAGUUCCACGGCCAGUGAGCCCUCCGUCGCCCUGCCUGCCUCGCCUCCUCUGGAGCUGCCGUCUCUGCCUGGUGCAGUUCCACGGCCAGUGAGCCCUCCGUCGCCCUGCCUGCCUCGCCUCCUCUGGAGCUGCCGUCUCUGCCUGGUGCAGUUCCACGGCCAGUGAGCCCUCCGUCGCCCUGCCUGCCUCGCCUCCUCUGGAGCUGCCGUCUCUGCCUGGUGCAGUUCCACGGCCAGUGAGCCCUCCGUCGCCCUGCCUGCCUCGCCUCCUCUGGAGCUGCCGUCUCUGCCUGGUGCAGUUCCACGGCCAGUGAGCCCUCCGUCGCCCUGCCUGCCUCGCCUCCUCUGGAGCUGCCGUCUCUGCCUGGUGCAGUUCCACGGCCAGUGAGCCCUCCGUCGCCCUGCCUGCCUCGCCUCCUCUGGAGCUGCCGUCUCUGCCUGGUGCAGUUCCACGGCCAGUGAGCCCUCCGUCGCCCUGCCUGCCUCGCCUCCUCUGGAGCUGCCGUCUCUGCCUGGUGCAGUUCCACGGCCAGUGAGCCCUCCGUCGCCCUGCCUGCCUCGCCUCCUCUGGAGCUGCCGUCUCUGCCUGGUGCAGUUCCACGGCAAGUGAGCCCUCCGUCGCCCUGCCUGCCUCGCCUCCUCUGGAGCUGCCGUCUCUGCCUGGUGCAGUUCCACGGCCAGUGAGCCCUCCGUCGCCCUGCCUGCCUCGCCUCCUCUGGAGCUGCCGUCUCUGCCUGGUGCAGUUCCACGGCAAGUGAGCCCUCCGUCGCCCUGCCUGCCUCGCCUCCUCUGGAGCUGCCGUCUCUGCCUGGUGCAGUUCCACGGCCAGUGAGCCCUCCGUCGCCCUGCCUGCCUCGCCUCCUCUGGAGCUGCCGUCUCUGCCUGGUGCAGUUCCACGGCCAGUGAGCCCUCCGUCGCCCUGCCUGCCUCGCCUCCUCUGGAGCUGCCGUCUCUGCCUGGUGCAGUUCCACGGCCAGUGAGCCCUCCGUCGCCCUGCCUGCCUCGCCUCCUCUGGAGCUGCCGUCUCUGCCUGGUGCAGUUCCACGGCAAGUGAGCCCUCCGUCGCCCUCCGUCGCCCUCCGUCGCCCUCUGAAGCUACAGGGCAGGGCAGGUCAUGCCCCGUCACGCACACAGUCUCUUCUUUCCUUCACGACGCAACCAAGUUACCUCGGGUGCUUUCGGAACCAUUCGGUUAGAAGUUUUCCAGAUAUAGUUCUGUUGGCCAUGUUAAAGAGCAAUGAGUAAAUACUUACCAUCACUGAUUGUAUUCAGGAGUGCUGUAUACAGAAAGUCAUUUGAUGGGGAGGGGGGGGGGGGAGGGGCGGGAGGGGGGGUAAUAGAACCACUUCUUUCUGCUGUUUGCUUUCAAAUGUUUUCCAUUAGUUGAUGGGAUUAAUAGAUUUUUUUUUAGGAUUUAGAAAGGGAUAUAUAUAUAUUUCCCCCCCCCCCCUUCCCCUUCCAUCAUGUAAACACCUAAAUGUAGUAAUUUAGGCAUCCAGUAUACCCUGAAGUUAUUUUUCUUUUCAAUGCCAAAACGGAUUGUGAAUACAUUUGGUAGUUUCCUGUAAAGAUGUGUAUUCCAAACAUGCUAAAGCUUGAUUUCCGGGCAGGUAGGUGGAACCCUGUAAGAGAUUGUAUUAGUAAGCUGCAUCAGUGAGAAUAGAGCGCUAUGUACUUAUUUUGCUGUGUAAACCAUUAUUUUUUAUAGAACUGUGAAAUAUUGUCUUGUACAGUUCACUUAGUUGCGCACAGCUAAUGUUACCAACUUGUUUACUGGACGGAUGCUCAUGAAGGAAGAAGUUAAAAUAAACCAUGUCUUCAUCUGGGUUGCAAGCUACAUUUUUAUGUGGCAACAUUAAUUUUUUUUUGUGCAUCGCCAUUAAAUAUAAGAGAUUUGUUUUCUUUUAAUUAUAAAUAUUGUUCUUUAAGUCGAUCAUAGUAAAGGAGCAUACGAACAAGUAAGAAUCAUUAAUACAAUAUUUUUUUCCUAGUAGCAUAAGUUUCAGAAUGACCAUUACUCUCAAGGUCUUAUUUGCAAUGGUAAAGAUCUGAGGGAUUUUUAUUUUUAUAUUAUCUAUGUGUAAAUCUUCCCAGAUGGGUAUGAUUUUUAAAGUCGGACCCUCUCACUUAAAUUUGAUCAUUAAUUUAUUUCAAACUCUUUAUUUCGUCUUAGGAAACGUUAAACACAAGGCAUAUUUGACCUGUAUACUUGUAAGCCAGGCACCACAACCAAGCUAAUUAAUGGUUGUGGCUUUUACUGAUUUUGACGGUAAAAAAUUUUCAUAUAUGUUCUCCUCUGGCACAUUUUUUUUAAUAAAAACAUUUUUUUAUUCAGUAAUGUCUCAUUUUAUUGUGAACGCUUACAAAAAAAUAUAGCUUUUCACCAAUUUCUACACUGUUAACAUAUGAUUUAAGGGGCCCGCCUAGUCAGGGGCAUGUCUGUGUCUGUGAGGCGGGAUGGCAAGUGCGACGCUUGCUGGUGCUUAUAUUGCGGUGUCUCCUCCAAGUGCAGUCUGCUCAUCAUGCACAAGGCAAUUGUAAGAUUUGAGCGGUAACCUGUAACGUUAUACGGCGGAGAAAUGAAGACGAAGGUGUAAUGCAAGUCCCUUGAGUGCUUUCAAGAAUUUUUACCGGGUGUUUCAUCCCCAGACAUUAAUUUUAUUUAUUCUUAUAAAAAAUACAAUUUAAAAAACAAAAUAUAGAAACAGAAUCACUCGUCCACCCUUAGCAUGUUCUUAAAUGCUUUUCGUAAACAGACGCCACUCUGAUAUCUUCAGCAGUUUUUAAAUAAUGUGGUUUUAUUUUCUGAAGCUCUGCACUGUGUAGGCGGAGCCCUUAACAGGAAUACUCCUACAAAUAAAAUACAUUUCGAAGGAAAAAAAAUAAAUGUUAUUAUUUUGUAUACAAUAAUACAGUUAACAUUUAACGUUCUAUAAUUGGACCAUGAAGACUAUGCACACUGCCACAGGCAGUGUGUUUGCUAAAGGUAGCAUUAAUCAGUAUUGUGUUCUGUCCAAGGGCGUACAAGGAAUCUUUGUUAAAGGAUAAAUUAUAGCAACAUACCGCACAUACUAUGUACAUCAUCCUUAGCCACUGUACCAUGCUGUCAAUAGGUUUGGUCAAUGUUUCAGUAUAAUCGUUAAUGGCACUACAAAGCUAAUUUCAGUUUGCCGUAUUUAAUUUAAAAUUUUAAAACUUUAUAUUUUGUUAGUAUUUUCAAGUGCAAAUGAGUACUCAGCUUCAUAGAUGAAGGAAUGUUCUUCUGGGAAAAUUUAAGUGGGCCUAGUGUUUUUACGCCACUCUAAACUGGUAGCCUAUGUCUUAAAGUUAUGUGUCCAUGUGUAAAUUCUCUCAUUACAAUGUUUGUGGUAAAACAUUAAAUUUCAGUGCUUAUGACACAGUUUGACAAUGUAUAGAUUCGAACAACAUAAAUGUCUAUAAAUGUUUAUAUUAAAUAAAUAUGACUCACUCUCAUAAUUUUUUUUUUCCAUGUAACUUAUAUAUUGUUUAAAUAAUACUGCAUUAAGUCUGAGAAACUUCUGAGUUGUGGACUCACCUUAAGAAAAUAAGGUUUAAAUUAUUUUCUGCAUUACUGACAAAAUUAAUAAAUUAUUUUUGUGAAUUUGUGAUUAUUCUAAGAUGUGUUUUUGCAUACUUUUGUUUAUUUCUUUAUUUUUUCUGUGACAAAUAAAAAAAUUACUGUAAUCCAUAAGUACUUAGUUGCCUAGUAUCUACAUCUCCACUAAUAUUUCCUUGUACAGGUAAUUUUCAGGUCACUCUUAUAAUUUUUUUGUAUUACUGUUUGAUAAAUUGUAAUGGUUGAGGCUUAUCCAUAAAAUAAAAUAAAUAUACUAUUCCAAAUGUACAUUCCCCUGUUUAUCCAUAAAACAAUGUUUCAAAAUUCCUAAUGGGUUUUGAGGAAUUACCAUUUAUAGGUUACAUUAGCUAGGCUGUGCAGUGACGUGGCCAUCAUUAGCAUAGCCGAGACUUUUCCACGAGAGAUUAGCCUGACUGUUGUCGCGGCCCUACUGUUUACAACUUGAUCCUGCGGUUCUUCAGAGAUCCUCAGGAGACUAUUUUCAAAAAGCCAGGGAUGUUUAAUGUCAGGAUGUGACGGCAGGAACCAAUACUGUUCUCCAUUCUAAUUGUGCCGAAGAAGGGUGGAAACUCGAUUAGGGUGGAAAACAUUCUUGUUGAAUAUUGAGUUACUAUUUAAACAUUUUAAAUUUGAUUGAAUUUACACUUUAUUAAUCAUAUUUAUAAUAGGUAUCACUCCAGUCCUUUUAUUAUUUUAUUUCUAUUAAUUAUUGCAUGCAAAAUUAACAUUUUUUUUGUAUGUAUAAGCCAUGACCCUUAGAAUUUACUCUUUAUUUUUAUUUCCUUAGGUUAGCUGUUUUAUUGCUGUAUAUGUUGCCAAAAUAUUGUCUUCAAAGUUCCUGCUUUAUUUACAAUUGGCAAAUAGAAUUGAUGUACGUGUCUUGUGUUAUAUGUAGUUACAAAUGUCCUGGUUUUUAUCCCUGGAUUCCAUAGAUAUUUCAUAGCUUUAUCUUUGUAAGUUAAAUGGAUUAAGAAAGAAAUUAAAUUCACACAAGUUUUCUUCAUUUGAACAUCUUAAAGUUUUCAGCAUAACAGAUUUUCAUACUCAUCACUGCCUGUCAAUACUCUCAUCACCUUAUUUUUAAGUUACAAGUUACUUAUUAUUAUACAAACUUUUUUUUUUUUUACAAUUUCAGUACCUAAUAACUUUUAUAUAUAAUUGUAUAUUUGUGAAUAAAAAUGCUCUUGAAAGUUAAUUUUCCAAUUAACAUUUCUUGUACAUAGUUAUUUUUCAAGUACAAACCUACUGUUGUAAUUACUUGCUCUGCUGUCUUUUUCAGUGAUGUAAUGUACUUAAAAUAACAAUAAAUGUUUGGAUAUUCCCAAA